GGUUGGAAACUUGCCAAGCUAGCUAGCCAAAGCAGCAGCCUUCCCCGGUAAACUCUCGCGCGAGGCCGACGCCUGUCAUGAGCGACCAGCCCCAGCCCGUCCGCACCGGCGACGUCUACCCGCCCUCCGCCGCCGCUCACGACGCGCGCCGCCAGCGCGACGAGGUCCUCACCCAUGAUGAUCAGCAGCAGAAACAAGAUGGCCGCCGCGGCGAGCUCCGGGUCACCGAGACCGACGAACCACACGCCGGGAGACGCGUCGUCACUGCCACCGCCGGCGGCCAGGUGAUGGCGCAGUUCACGGUGCCGGUGCCGGGCGCCGGUGUGGAGGAGGCGACGGACGCGGUGACCAUCGGCGAAGCUCUACAGGCCGCGGCGCAGACGUCGGCGGGCGAGAGGCCGGUGGACCUCGCGGACGCGGCGGCGGUGCAGGCCGCCGAGACGCGCGCGACGGGGCUGGGCGGCGUCGUGCCGGGCGGCGUGGCGGCCGCGGCUCAGCAGGCCGCGGAGACCAACAUGAGGCCCGACCUCGCGGAGGAGGAGAAGGUCCGGCUGAGGGACGUGCUGGGCAGCGCCGCGGCGGUGCUGCCGGCCAACAAGGUGGCCACGAGGGAGGACGCCGUUGCGGUGGCCACAGCUGCGAAACGCAACGCUCCUGCGGGAGGUGGUGGAGGAGGCAAGGGCGUCGCCGAUGCGGUGGCCGCGGCCGCCGAGAUGAAUGAGAGGAGGAUGACGCGCACGCGGCAGGCUUAGGCUAGCAGAAGAUCGUGCGUGGCACUGUAAAUACCUUGUACUGCGUAGUUCCACUUCCACCACGCAUAUACGUACGUAACGUACUUCUCUAUUCGUGUUGUAAUCUACAGCGUACUGUACGCUUUUUCAGUAGUAUUAUGUACAUCGUUGUGAUCGGACCGGGUCGGAGAGGCACCGACUCCGACUGAUAGUCGCAACGAAGGCUUUAUAUA